GGCGUUGGGAAGUAGCGUAGGACUGCUCUGGAAAAAAAACCCAAUAACCUGUGUCAGAAUUAUCUGGAGACCGGAAUGAUUAAAAAAUGAGAAAUUAGCGAUUCAUUUUAGGUUUCAGUUAUUUUUUAAGUCAUUGAAUGUAUGACCUUGUGAACCUCGUGAUUCCCUUCAGUUUUCUCAAUUCGUUUUAUUUCUCCAGGAAACAAGUCUGUGUACCGUUAAAUAAAAUAUUUCGUUUUAAAGCAUUUUUGUUUCAAUGAUGAGAUCAGGUACACGUGUUCCGACCGUACUUUUAAGGUAUAUGAACAGCUAAAUGCAUAUCAGAUGGCAUGCAUUAAGCUGUUGAAACUGCUAGUUUAUUGCAUUAUGAUGGUUCUCUACAAAUAGGAAGGAGACACACCCACAUGAUCCGAUAAGUAACGUUUAUACUGAGCACCCAAUUUCUAGCCGAAAGUACAAACGCUGUUUGGCUUGCUGGAGCGCGUGCCCGACAUAGGGGGGCGGAGCCUAGCGCUCACGAGUUGCAGCGCGCAGGCGUGUCAGCACGUGUUCCCUUGAGCAGGAAGUAGUUGUGUUGUAAACGCAAGAGGUUAGAGUUUUGAUUUUUAAUUUUGAACAGUAACGUGAAACAGCACUUUAUUUUAUAUCCGUUUCCUUUAACAGCGGUCAGCAUACACAUGGACUGGAAGAGCUGUUCUCAAACAUUUUUAUUGCUAAUUGCAAGAUUAGUCUGUGCACUUCUUUGUAGAAAAAAAUGUAUCGAACAGUUGCUGUAGAUGGAUCGAUAAUCGUCUUAUUUUUUCACAGUAACGUGCGACCGAUUCGUUGUUUUGAUACACAAAAUUGUUAACUUUAUUUAGACGAGUGUCAGUCGCACUGGAGCUGGAGUGACGAGUGAAAACGAAAUGGGAGGCAUGUAGCUAAUCUUGCGCACACUGGAUUACUCGACUGGGCGUAAGAAGAUCGAGUAAAAGUCAGCAUUUGUACACAUUUACAAUAAAGGCACGGAAGGAGGUAAAAUGAGUAUUCGGGCUUUGUGGAUCAUCAGCCACUGCAAAGGAGAGCCUGGGACAGUACGGUUCUCAAAGCGGUACCCGACGGUCGAGAGACGUGCCCGGGAGAUGGCCGGGGCGAAGUAUGUGGCUGUCCCCGAGGACGCGGCUGUGCUGCACCCCCUGUUGACAGAGCUGGCACUGACGGACCCCGAAAAGCCCUUUGUGGCUGCUCGGGACGACUGCGCCCGCCCCCAGCGUUCCCCAGCCCUGGAGCUGCGUCUGGAGGGCCGGGAGGGCGGCGCUCUGUGGCCCCUGCUGGCCGUCACCCAGGGGGGGUUGAUCUUGGCCUGCCUGCCCCUGGUGGAUGCCCCUCCUGAGCCUCGGCCCCCGCUACCCAGCCUGGCCUCCGUGUCCCAGGCCCUCUCGCUGCUGGCGGGGCUGCAGGCUUUCCUGUGUGGGCCGGGGGGAAAGGCUGAAGCGGACCUCCUUGCCUCGCGUCUGGCCAUCUUGCCCGCUGUGGUCCUGCAAGUCUGCCCCCUGGGGACCCCUCUGGAUACCCCCCAGGCGGGUCUGCCACCAGCCCCCUCGCCGCCAGCCGCCGGGGCUCAGAAGCAGCCGGCCUGGAAGCCAGGCGGGCAUCGCGGGCGAGCCACGGUCAACGUGGCGCUGAGCGAGCACGUGCGCUCCAUGCAGUACGGUAGCCGCACCAAGCAGGACCUCUGGGACGUCUUCGGCACGGUCACCUGCAAGUGUGAGCUGGAAGGGGUGCUGCCGAACGUGACCGUCACCCUCAGUUUGCCGCCGAACGGCUCCCCGCUGCAGGACGUGCUGGUCCACCCCUGCGUGACCUCCCUGGACUCCAGCGUCCUGACCGCCAGCAGCGUGGACGACGGCGACGGCUCGGCUUUCUCCGGCCCCUACAAGUUCCCCUUCUCCCCGCCGCUGGAGCCUUUCUGCCUCUGCAGCUACACGUCGCAGGUGCCUGUGCCGCCCAUCCUGGGGUCCUAUCAGCUGAAGGAGGAGGAGCACCAGUUGAAGGUGACCGUCAGCCUGAAGUUGCACGAAAGUGUGAAGAACAGCUUUGAGUACUGCGAGGCACACCUGCCCUUCUUCAACAGGGGUCAGCUGACCAACGUGGACGUGCGUGUGAGCUCAGGCCAGCUGGAGGUAUCUCGAGAGAAGGGCCUUCUGGUUUGGGUGCUGGGUCAGAAGUUCCCCAGGUCCUUAGAGGUCUCCCUGGGAGGCACUGUGAGUUUCUCUGGGCAGGCGCAAGGGCCUGUUGAGCCUCUCUGCACAGGACUCACUGCGUACAUCAAGCUGUAUUUCAGAGUCCCUGACCUGACUCUUUCUGGAUGCUCGGUGGACCAGCACUCCGUGCAGGUGUACUCCUCCGCCAAGCCACGCAUCAGCACCUCCCGAGAGCUUGUGUCCUCAGAGUAUUACAUCUGGAACUCUACUGGGGAUGCCCCUGUUUCCUCUGGACUCAUGAUGCUGUAACUAGGUGUGGACGAGAGAGUGGAGCUCUGAUACUGGAGUCUCUACAAGCUACGCUUCAGGCACUGUCCUGUUUGUCCUUCACAAGACACGGCCGUCAGUGGAGAAAGGAAACAGAACAACAAAUUGAAUGUUUUGUCUCAAAAAGAAAAUAGCACUUUUGUAGGAAAGAGAGAAACAAUUCAAGACAUUGAAGAUGACUUAAUUAUUCAGUCUGCAAAUGUAAUUUUUGUUCUGCCCCUUCAGUAUGGCAGUGCUGAGAUUUGGGCAUGCUUGACUAAUUUCAGGUUGACCCUGUGAUUUUUCUGAGCCCUCGGACUCUGAACCACUGCCACCUGUUGAGGUCAAACAGCCGUAUUCUCGGCUGAAUGGUUCCUGACUUUCUCUGGGCUAAAUGGGAAGGUGUUUCUAUUAAUUAGCCCUUAACCACUUUACAAGGAGCCAGAAGAAAUACAGAUUCUACCUGAGUGGACGUCUUUUGCUUGUGCACAACUGCAAGCUUUGAAGUGCAGUUCAGUGCUGAGUUGCAACUUGUAAACAUAGGACUAACAAAUGGAAUAAACAACUUUGUUGUUGCACUGCUUGGGGAAUAUCCAACUUUGUUUUGUUGUUGGACCACUUGGUGGUUUUUCUUGCACUCUUCAUUUGUGUAAUAAAUAGUUCACAAGUAA